GCGGGGCUUGGGGCGGCCCAGCAGCCGCCUCCCCUUCUCCCCACCGCGCUGGCAGCGGCGGUGGCGGCCCAGGAACCCGGGGACCAUCGGCCCCGCUCCCGCCCCAGACGAGGCCGAAGCUGCAGCCGGCGCCGGGCCGGGGCCAUGGGAGCCCCGCGCCGCCCACGUCAUGAGGACCGAGGGGGAGGCAGCGGGGCCGCCGCUCGAGCCCGGGGACUUUGUGCAGCUGCCUGUGCCCAUCAUCCAGCAGCUCUACCACUGGGACUGCGGCCUGGCCUGUUCCAGGAUGGUGCUGCGGUACCUGGGCCAGCUGGACGACAGUGAGUUUGAGAGUGCCCUGCAGGAGCUGCGACUAACCAGGAGCAUCUGGACCAUUGACCUGGCCUACCUGAUGCGCCACUUUGGCGUGAGGCACCGCUUCUGCACCCAGACACUGGGUGUGGACAAGGGCUAUAAGAACCAGUCCUUCUACAGGAAGCACUUCGACACAGAGGAGACCCGGGUGAACCAGCUGUUUGCACAGGCCAAGGCCUGCAAGGUGCUGGUGGAGAAACGCACCGUGAGUGUUCAGGACAUCCAGGCACACCUGGCACAGGGCCAUGUGGCUAUUGUGUUGGUGAACUCGGGGGUGCUGCACUGUGACCUCUGCUCCAGCCCCGUCAAGUACUGCUGCUUUGCCCCCAGUGGCCACCGCUGCUUCUGCCGCAGCCCCGACUACCAAGGCCACUUCAUCGUGCUACGCGGCUACAACCGGGCCACCAGCUGCAUCUUCUACAACAACCCAGCCUACGCCGACCGUAAGUGUGGCAGGCAGGGUGUGAAUGGGGCAGGCCCCUGCCUUCCCCCUCCCCCCUGCCUACUCCUCAUUCAACCUGGUGUGGCCAAGACUCCCUCUCCACCUUCUCCCCAUGGCCCCUGAUCCCCUGGGCUCCCUCAGCCAGGCCACCCGCCUGGGGCCAUGGCAGCCUCCUCCGUCCCCUAGGCAUCAUCAGGCUUGGCCACCUCCUUCCCCCAGGCCAGACCCAGGCUAGUGCCUAGCACCCCUACUGCCUCUGCUGCAUCCCCACGCCACCUGUCUCCCCGAGGCCUGCCCCCAGGACAGCCCACACACUUGUCAGAAAGGAGAAUCUGCCCAGUACCCGACCUACCCAGGGCUCCUCUGACCCUGGCCUGAGUCAGGGACCACCCUGAUUCCCACAGGCCGCAAUAGGCAAGAAGGGUGGCAGGCCGGUGGGCCGUGGCAGCCCUGGGCACCUAUGAGGCAGGUGCUCCUGCACUGCUGACCCCGCCCUGCCCCUCGGCCCAGCAGGAAUGUGCAGCACCAGCAUCAGUAACUUUGAGGAGGCCAGAACCAGCUACGGCACAGACGAGGACAUCCUCUUUGUCUACUUGGACAGCUGACAGCAGGAGCCUGGUGUGCCCAGGCCCUUGGACCCUGUCCCUCCCAGCUGGGCCCACUCAAGAGGCCCUGGACCAGGUGACAACACCCGGGGAGCUCUAGGAGGCCCUGGCCUACUGCCUUAGCCCCUGGUGCCACAUGGUCGUGCUACCUACCUGCACACCUGCUGGUUGCUGGAGGCAUCCUCACACCAUCUGAACAGAGCCUCCCCCAGGACCCCAAGCGGGACUCCAGCAGUGCCCAAGGGACAUCCACCCCCUUGGGCACCCGUUGCCUGCAAGCUGGACGCAGAGCAGGGGGAGAAGCCUGAGCCCAUCUCCCCGCAGACCUGGUGACUGAGCCCUGGAGACACAUGUUGCUGGUCUGUUUGUUUGGAGACUGUAGCGACCUGGGCCCCAGGGGCUGCGGAAGUACUGCCCCACCCUCCACCUCCACCCCAAGGCUUGGGUGGAUGGCGCCUCCCGGUGGAUGGCGCCUCCCAGUGGAUGCAGUUCCUGUGGCUGGUUGCAAGGCCUCCAGCCCCUAUGGAAGGUUGGGCCUCAGACAGAAAGGACUCUGCUGCCCCUCCUGGGCACCCCAGCUCUAUAGGGUGGAAACCUGGGAUGUGGGCAAUACUCAGGAACUGGCCUGAGGGCGGGGAACAGCCGCCUGGGCCCCAAAACUCCCCCAGCCACGAGGCCUCUUGCAACUGGCCUAAGUCCCCACAGUGGGGCCUGCCUCAGUGCAGGGCGCCCCAGGGGUCAGGGUCAGGUGCUGGGCCCUGGGCCCACCCACGCGCCUGGUCCAUGGCCAAGGGCAGUCUCUGGCCUCCACCACCCUCCCUGGUGUUCACACCAGCACCUUUUGCACAGAAUAUUGGGUCUCUUCUGUCUUGAUGGAGAAGGGUGUUGCCUGCUCAGGAUCACAAGGCAUGGCACCAUAGCAUGGACUAGAACUGUUUCCUUUUUGUCUGUCUUUGGGGGGAGGGUGGUUUUUGAGAUUUAAGUUUUCACUUUAUGGGGUUGAGACUCAGCCUCAAGUAGGACAAUAAUAGUAAGAUUGCAGGUACUUUGGAACCACUGACACCUCUUCAUGGGGCGGAUAAGCUAAUCCACAUUCUCUUUCAAAGAGAAGGAGACUCGUGGCCAGCAGGCUGAGUGCCAGGGCCCCUCACCUUUUGGGCAGAAUCCAGCUCAGGGUGCUGGUGGAGGUGGGUCUUGAACCCAGGUCUGUACCUGAAAAAUAAGGGAGAUGGAUCAUUGCCAGUAGGGCUGGGGAUACCCAACCCUCCUGGGUUGCCUCUGGCUAGGGGUGCAGGGGUGUCCCAGCAGCCAUCCUGCCCCAGCACCUUGCAUCUUGGGUCUUCCAGGCCCUCAGCAUGACACGGUGGCAACUGCUGUACCUGCCCCGACUGUAGACCACUUAGACCACUCAGCAUCUUCCCCACCUGCCCCCCUGGGCUGGUGCUGCUCCAGGGGCAGGGGGGUGGAGGGAUGGGCUCUGCUGACCAGGGCGGCGCUGCCCCUUGACACCAGGCAGCCUUGACCAAGGGUGUCAGAGGCUAGUGCUGCCUUGAGGCUGGUCUUGUCUCCGUUGCCUUAAUGCUGGGUGGCUCAAGGUCCCACCAUCAGGAGUACGUGCUGCAGCUGUGGGGUUUGGGUGUUCUCAGGAGGAUCCAGGUAAAACUGGUAAGAACUGCUGCAUCAAGGGGAACAGAGAGAAAGUGAUGGUGUGAGUGAGGCCUAGCACACUGCUAGGGGGCUGUUACGGCACCGCAGACUAGCAUGCAGACAUGUUACUCCCUGGGCUUGCACGAGGGCUGUCCAGGCAAGCCACGGGUCAGAGGUCACCCACCUGAGACUUGAGAGCUGCCUGCCCCUGGGGUGGUGCCCUCUGGCUGGGGAGGGUGACAGAGGCAGGAUGCAAACCUGUGUCGAGUUCCUGCAUAAAUUGUGGAAAGGGGGGUAGAGAUGGAGCCCAGGUAGCAGGAACUCCACCUACAGCAGCAGGCACUAUGACCCCUGGAGGGCCCAGUGCAGCCCCAGGCCACAACUGGACAGCUGGCUUUCUUUGCUCCAGCCACAUGGGACAAAAGGGAUCUUUUGCAUUGCAGAGAUUUUAUACAUAAAUAUAUUUUGUUUGUAAUGAGCCAUCCUCAAUAAACGUUCUCACUGCAGACGAUGGCA